CUAGACACCAUGCUGUCAUCAGGAGCAGUUCAUUUCGAGGACUGUUCGGAGCAGGCAGCCGUGCGUCUGGACAGCAGUGAUCCCCGCUUCAGAGUGGAGGCAGACGGAUCCGUGUACACUCAGAGAGACGUGUUUACUCUGAACACACCCAUAACAUUCACAGUGACGGCUCACAGUGCAGACGACACACACACCUGGGAGACCAGCGUCCACCUGCAGCUGGAGGAAAUGACAGGUAAUUACAUGGCAAGAGGACAGGAGGACACGAGGACGCAGGAAGUCGUUAUCAGGUUCCCGUCAAGGCAGAACUCGAGCUCCAGCGAGUUGCAGAGGCAGAAGCGAGACUGGGUCAUUCCACCAAUCAACGUGCCGGAGAACUCCCGAGGUCCCUUUCCACAGAUGCUCGUCAGCAUCCGUUCAGAUAAAGAUCGCUCCAUUAACAUCAGAUACAGCAUCACGGGCAUGGGAGCGGAUCAGCCUCCUAACGAAGUGUUCAACAUCGAUCCAGAGAAAGGCAAGAUGUACGUCACCAAGCCUCUGGACAGAGAGGAGCGCUCUUCAUAUCACCUUCGUGCUCAUGCGGUCGAUAUGAACGGGAAUCAGGUGGAGCAGCCAGUGGACCUCUAUAUCUUCGUCAUCGACAUGAAUGACAACCGGCCCGAAUUCAAGAAUCAGAUCUAUAAUGGUUCGGUGAUGGAGGGAUCCAAACCAGGUACGACAGUUAUGACAGUAACAGCACACGAUGCUGAUGACAUCACCACUUCUAAUGGCAUGGUGCAUUACCGGAUUCUCCAGCAGACCCCGCACAUCCCGAUCCCAAAUAUGUUCACUAUUAACAGAGAGACUGGAGACAUCGUUACUGUCGCAGCUGGACUUGACCGAGAGAGAGUUCCUCAGUACACAGUGAUCGUUGAAGCGACAGAUAUGGAGGGGAACCUGAACUUCGGUUUGUCGAGCACAGCAACAGCGCUAAUCGCCAUCACUGACAUCAACGACAAUCCACCUGAACUCACCCAGAGCACGUUCUCAGGCGAGGUGAUGGAGAACAGCGUAAACGUAGUGUUAGCGAACCUCUCCGUGAUCGAUAAGGACGAGCCUCGAACGCCCAACUGGAACGCCGUGUACCGCAUAGUCAGCGGUGACAACGGACGCCACUUCACCAUCCGGACAAAUCCGGAGAACAACGACGGCAUGCUCACCGUGGUGAAGCCGGUAGACUUUGAGACGAAUCGAGCGUUCAUGCUGACAGUAGUAGUCGCUAAUCAGGCUCCUUUAGCUGAAGGGAUUCAGUCGUCUUUGCAGUACACAGCCGGGGUCACCGUCUCGGUCAGGGAUGUCAAUGAGCCACCCGUUUUCCCAGAGAACCCCAAAACGGUGCGAUUUGAGGAGGGCGUUCCCGCUGGCACCAUCAUCACUACGCUCACUGCACGAGACCCAGACACCUUCAUGCAGCAGAGCAUUCGAUACCUUAAGCUGUCGGAUCCCGCUAACUGGCUCUCCAUCAACACAACGAACGGUCAGAUCACCACGGCCGCCGUGCUGGACAGAGAAUCCAUCUACGUCAAGAAGAACAUCUACGAGGCCACGUUCCUCGCUGCUGACAACGGUUCUCCUCCUGCCAGUAGCACAGGAACACUGCAGAUAUUUCUUAUAGACGUUAACGAUAACGCUCCAUCACUGGUUCCUCACGAUGCUCAGAUCUGCGAGCGAUCCAACAUGAACUCUAUCAACAUCACGGCCGUGGAUGCAGACACCGAUCCCAACGUCGGUCCUUUCAUCUUCGAGCUGCCUCUUCACCCCUCCAUCAUCCGCCGCAACUGGACCGUCUCUCGAAUCAACGGAGACUUUGCCCGUCUGAGUCUAAGGAUCCAUUUCCUGGAGUCGGGAGUGUACGAGGUUCCCGUAUUUGUGUCAGACUCAGGAAACCCACCACUCUCCAACCGCUCUGUCAUUAAGGUGAAGGUGUGUCCAUGUGAUGAACAUGGGGACUGCACUGCCCUCGGUGCCGUAGCAGCAGCGGGCCUGGGCACUGGUGCCAUCAUCGCCAUCCUUAUCUGCAUCAUCAUCCUUCUUAGCAUGGUCUUGCUCUUCGUGGUAUGGAUGAAGAGGAAAGAGAAGGAGAGGCAGACAAAACAGCUGCUGAUUGACCCCGAGGAUGACGUCAGAGACAACAUCCUGAAAUAUGACGAGGAAGGAGGAGGAGAGGAGGACCAGGACUAUGAUUUGAGUCAGCUGCAGCAGCCUGACUCCCUGGAGCACAUCAUGGGUAAAACCCAAGGUGUCCGACGCGUGGACGAGAGGCCUGUGGUGCCCGAGUCUCAGUACCCGCUACGACCCAUGGUGCCCCACCCUGGGGACAUUGGAGAUUUCAUCAAUGAGGGUCUGAGAGCAGCGGAUAACGACCCGACUGCCCCACCGUACGAUUCGCUGCUAGUGUUUGACUACGAGGGAAGCGGGUCCACAGCCGGGUCGGUCAGCUCGCUCAACACCUCCAGCAGCGGCGAGCAAGACUACGACUACCUCAACGACUGGGGACCGCGUUUCAAAAAACUCGCCGACAUGUACGGGGGUGGAGAUGACUAAAACGAAAAAGGGGCCGUCCUUCAAUGGCUCCUCCCACGUCACCUGACCUGCGGCGACAACCAAUCACGGGCCUCUCUCUCUCGCUCUCUCUCUCUCUCCGAAAAACACACCCACCUACCAAUCACUUUGGCCAGCUCCAGAGAGACUUGUACAGAGAGAGACAGUGUUAUAGUGGACCUGUUUUUUUGUUUUUUUUCCCUUUAUUAUGUUUUUAUCAGUUUAUUGUUUUGUUUUGUUUUUUUACUUCUUUUUUUUAAUAGUCGAGCUGUAUUCACGCUUUGUGCUUAUUAUUUCUUUCUAAGAUUCCUGCAUUUUGGUUGAUGCAGUUACGUGCAGGUGAAAACAUCCUGCUAGUAUCGAGACAGCGCAUACAGUAAAAAAGAGAAAAGAGUUGUAAAAAAAAAAAAAAAAAAAACAAGGUAGGCA